ACUAAAGUUCUGUCCCAACGACAUCAAAUUCAAAAUCAAAUCUCAACAGAAAAAGCUUCUCCGCGCAUCUCUUUCUCUUUAGUGUUUGAAAAUGUCAGGUCGUGGAAAGGGAGGAAAGGGAUUGGGAAAGGGAGGAGCGAAGAGGCACAGAAAGGUGCUUCGUGAUAACAUUCAGGGAAUCACGAAACCCGCCAUUCGCCGUCUGGCUCGCAGGGGAGGCGUCAAGAGAAUCAGUGGCCUCAUCUAUGAGGAGACACGUGGCGUUCUCAAGAUCUUCUUGGAGAACGUUAUUCGGGAUGCCGUUACCUACACCGAGCACGCUCGCCGCAAAACCGUUACUGCCAUGGAUGUUGUUUAUGCUCUCAAGAGGCAGGGAAGGACUCUCUACGGUUUCGGUGGUUGAUUCAUUCUAGGGUUUAGUAUUUGCUCCUGCUUGUAAAUGUUUCAUGGAUUAUUGAGCUCGUUGAAGUGUAGUUUGGAUCCAGAGGAAAUGGAAAUAAAUACUUUUCUUGUUUUGGAA